AUGGGGUUGCUGCAUGCACUAAAGGACACAACCAGCAGAAUUGGUUUCUUUUGCAAGAUUGAAAUCCUGGUAGGUCCAGGAACUGAUGCCCAAUUCCAUUUCACUGGUAUUAAAAAAUAUUACAAGUCUUAUACUCUCACAGGGAGAAUGAAUUGUGUACUGGCCACAUACAGAGGUAUUGCUUUGAUUGUCAUAUACUUCAAGUUAAGGUCUAAAACAACACCAUCUGUGAAAGCAACACAAAUGGAUUUUAAAGUGUACCUUAUCUUCUAA